AGCCGCAGUGUUGCCGGUUGCAGUUUGCGUCACGUGACAGCGCAGAGGUCAGAGACUGCAAGGACGAAGCAUGGCGGCACCGUCGAGGAAAGUCUUCGAAGUGUUCGUGUCGAAAAUACCAUGGACAAUAGCAAGCAAGGAGAUGAGGGAGUACUUUGGACAGUUUGGCCAGGUCAAGAAGUGCCUCCUGCCCUUUGAUAAGGAGACAGGCUUCCAUAAAGGCUUCUGCUGGAUUGGGUACACAACAGAAGAAGGCCUGAACAAUGCACUGCAGAAAGACCCCCACAUUCUUGAAGGAACCAAGCUCCAAGUUCAGAGGAACAGGAGGGCUUUUGUGGGGCAGAGGACACUGACAAAGCAAAGGUCAAACAAAGAUGGAGAAUACGACUGAAACUGUGUGAAUGGAUGUGUCUGAGAGAAAUGUCUGCUGUUGUAUUUUUGUUAUUCUCAGGUCCAGAUUCACUAAGAUUAAAGGCACCGGCCUGUGGUUAUGCAGCAGUGAGCAGCUCUAUUGAUAUUGCAUGGACAAACUGUCUAUGUAAAGUGUUUGACACCACCUCUCUAGGGAUUUUUUCCACGCAUUCCAGUAAUCUGAGGCAGUUGGUGUGGUGAAGCGUCAAGGUGGUAUGACAGUAGAAACAGAUUAAUCUUGGAAAUCAGCAGAAAAAAGACGAGAAUGAUGGAAACAAAGGAAAUUGAUAUGU